GCAAGACCCAUAGAAUACGCUUGCGCGGACAGUUGGGAUUAGGCAGCAAAGUGGAAGGAAGUUGGUAAUGGCUGGUUCAAGUGAAGGCUCAGUUCCUGAAACCAUAAAUAUAAAAGAGGGAAGUGAGCAGAAGGUGGAGAAAGGUGAGAAACCGGAGGGCAGUGAAAUGGCGAUGACGGCCACGAAUUCAGUUCACCGAUUGAGCUCUCGGUCUCAGCUCGAUCUCAGCGGUGCUGCAAUCCAGGGGAAUUUCGAGGAGAGAGACCCAACAAUUCUGUUGCCUAACCAGUCUGAUGACAUAUCUCGCUUGGCUUUGGACAUUGGAGGAUCUCUGAUCAAAUUGGUAUAUUUCUCAAGACAUGAGGAUCGCUUAGUUGAUGAUAAGAGGAAGAGGUCGUUGAAGGAGAGAUUAGGGGUUUCAAAUAGUAAUAGAAUGAGCUAUCCUGUUCUUGGUGGAAGACUGCAUUUUGUGAAGUUUGAGACAUCUAAGAUUAGCGAAUGCUUGGACUUUAUUGCUUCGAAGCAGCUACACACUGGUGGAUUGGAUUCACGUAGUUGGAAUUCCAUGGUCCCAUCUAAUGAUAAUGCAAUUAUUAAGGCCACAGGUGGUGGAGCAUACAAAUUUGCAGACCUCUUCAAAGAGAGGCUUGGAGUCAGUCUUGACAAGGAAGAUGAAAUGGAUUGUCUGGUGGCUGGAGCUAAUUUUUUGUUUAAGGCAAUCCGACAUGAAGCUUUCACACACAUGGAGGGUCAGAAAGAAUUUGUGCAAAUUGACCAUAAUGAUUUGUUCCCGUAUCUCCUUGUUAAUAUUGGAUCUGGUGUUGGCAUGAUCAAGGUGGAUGGAGAGGGAAAGUUUCAGCGAGUUAGUGGGACAAAUGUUGGUGGUGGAACAUACUGGGGCUUGGGAAGACUUUUGACAAAGUGCAAGAGCUUUGAUGAGUUGCUGGAGUUGAGUCAGCGAGGAGAUAAUAGAAAAAUAGACAUGCUUGUUGGAGAUAUCUAUGGCGGUAUGGAUUAUUCCAAGAUUGGACUGUCCGCAUCAACCAUUGCUUCUAGCUUUGGGAAGGCAAUUUAUGAGAACAAGGAGCUUGAGGACUACAGACCUGAAGACAUCUCCUUAUCCCUCCUCCGAAUGAUUUCAUAUAAUAUUGGGCAGGUCUCAUACUUGAAUGCGCUUCGGUUUGGGAUCAAGCGUAUCUUUUUCGGAGGAUUUUUUAUACGAGGUCAUGCUUACACCAUGGACACUCUUUCAGUUGCAGUAAAUUUCUGGUCAAAAGGUCAGGCAAAGGCAAUGUUUUUGCGGCAUGAGGGGUUUUUGGGAGCUUUAGGUGCAUUCAUGAGCUACGAAAAGCAUGGUCUUGAUGACUUGAUGGCCCAUCAGUUAGUGGAACGAUUCCCAAUGGGUGCACCCUACGUAGCAGGAAAAAUUCAUGGUCCACCACUUGGGGAUUUGAAAGAGAAGAUUUCAUGGAUGGAGAAGUUUGCGCAGAAGAGCACUGAAAUUAUUGCCCCCGUGCCAAUGGCUCCCCUGGGAACCACUGGCCCUGGUGGCUUUGAGGUACCUUUGUCCAAAGGAAAUACUCUGCGUUCUGAUGCAAGUGCUGCUUUAAACGUUGGUGUGCUUCAUUUGGUACCUACAUUGGAGGUGUUUCCAUUGCUGGCAGACCCAAAGACGUAUGAACCUAACACCAUUGAUCUAUCUGAUCACAGUGAGCUUGAGUAUUGGUUCACUGUGUUGUCCGAGCAUUUGCCAGACCUUGUUGAUAAGGCAGUUGCUAGUGAAGGGGGAACUGAUGAUGCUAAAAGAAUGGGUGAUGCAUUUGCUCAUGCAUUCUCUGCCCACUUGAGGAGGUUAAUGGAGGAGCCUGCUGCUUAUGGAAAAUUGGGACUGGCCAACCUAUUGGAACUAAGGGAGGAAAGCUUGAGAGAGUUCCAGUUUGUUGAUGUCUACAGAAGCAUAAAACAGAGGGAAAAUGAGGCAUCUCUGGCUGUUUUACCUGACCUUCUCAUGGAGCUUGAUAGUAUGAGUGAGGACUCAAGAUUGCUUGCCCUUAUUGAAGGUGUUCUUGCUGCAAAUAUUUUUGAUUGGGGUUCCCGUGCUUGUGUCGAUCUCUAUCAUAAAGGAACUAUCAUUGAAAUAUAUCGUAUGAGUCGCAAAAAGAUGCAACGACCUUGGCGGGUAGAUGAUUUUGACAUCUUCAAGGAAAGAAUACUUGGUUCUGUAGACAAGAAGCCACCUCCACAUAAAAGAGCAUUGCUCUUUGUCGACAACUCUGGUGCUGAUAUUGUACUAGGGAUGCUUCCACUGGCACGGGAACUGCUCCGCCGUGGAACUGAGGUUGUUCUGGUUGCAAACUCCCUUCCUGCACUAAAUGAUGUGACUGCAAUGGAACUUCCUGAUAUUGUAGCUGAGGCUGCCAAGCAUUGUGAUAUCCUCAGGAAAGCUGCUGAAGCAGGAGGCCUGCUUGUGGAUGCAAUGAUAACUAUCCAAGAUGGUUCAAAAGAGAAUUCAUCCUCAGUUCCUUUAAUGGUUGUUGAGAAUGGAUGUGGGAGUCCAUGCAUUGAUCUCCACCAGGUCAGCUCAGAGCUAGCCGCUGCUGCAAAAGAGGCCGACCUGAUAAUCUUGGAAGGGAUGGGCCGUGCUCUCCAUACAAAUUUCAAUGCUCGUUUUAAAUGUGAUGCCCUUAAGCUUGCAAUGGUGAAGAAUCAGAGGUUGGCAGAAAAACUGAUCAAAGGAAAUAUAUAUGAUUGUGUCUGCCGAUAUGAACCAGCCGGCUGAGAGCUUCCAUUAUUAGAGUUCAGACAUGUGUCCCAAUGUUCUGAAUUUUCUGUACUAAAUGAGACAGGAUGGCAAGGAUAUAGUCAAUUGAGAAAAUCGCCUUGCGCAUCAUUGUCAAUUGUCAAAGAUUCCUUCCUUUUGGCUAACUAAUCUAUCUGGAACUUGUGAUCUUCGGCGAUCCAACAGAUCAAGUUGCUGGUUUUGAGCCAAUCUCUGAUCAUAGAUAAAAGAGAGGGAAGUUUCAGUUCUAUAUACUGUAGAAAGUACAAUUAAUACAACACUGUGAUGCUCUUUAUAAACUCUCCCUUUUUCCAGUUUACUUAUAAUUCAUUUUUAAUGGUU